AUGGACGAUGUUGAUACCAUCAUCGAGAUCUUGCGGAAGGACAACGACGCUGACCUACCACCGGAGUUGGUACUUGAUACAGCUGCCACACUGAGCCGAAACAUCUUCACGCACUGGCACCGUCUGAACGCAAUCGUGCAGCGACACGAAGGCGCCAUACGGAUUCGAUGGAGAAGGAAGUCUCCGGCGAAGCGUCGAGAACUACUUCAAGUAGUCUAUCCCGGAAUUCCCGACCUGCACCGACCGGAUGUGGACAAUAUGCAUGGCAAUUUCACCGAUUGUCCUUGCGGACAACCAUACCAUGCGGCAACCAGCAGCGAGCUCAGACCUUAUAUCAAUUCAGAAGACUUGUUGGACGCCAAAUCCCUGCUUGUGUUCAUCAACGCCCGGGCGCGCAAUCGUCCUGCUACGUUUGCUUCAUCCGAGCUCAGCUUCUCUCCCAUGGCCGUCCCAUGCCAGGCUAUCCGCUAUCAGCAUGUCCUCAUAAAUCUCUCGGACCAAAACUCCAAGACACAGGAAGUCAAGGAAGAGAUGUAUGGCCGAAUCAGAGGGUUUGAGUCCGAAACCAACGCUGUCUCUGAAGACCAGGCGAUGCAUGUUUUGCAUCACCUAGGAGAGGGCCUCCAGAUACUCCGCAUCCAGGAAGGCGUACUAAAGUUCCUCGUCGGCUGCUGCGAAAACAUCAUGCAUGACAUCCUUCCAGGGACGCUGUGCAGCGACGUUUAUCCGCCUUUGUCAGAACCGCCGAGCUUGUCAGAACCAGAAGAGCUGAGUAGUAGUCUUGCAGAUGCAUGCAGAAAGGCGCCAUUUGGUCCGCGAGGCGAGCCAAACUUCGCACGUAUCCGCCACCUGAUCUCGACAGCAGUGGAAAAGUGCGAGGACCAUGCCUGGGCUUUGCGCGAAGAUCCUGCGUAUUUCGCAGAGUAUGUUCAAGAUCACGCCGAACAUCGACAUGAAAACAUACUGAACGAAGCCGGAGAACCAUCGAAGAGACUUGGAACAAGCGAGUUCUACUCUCUGAUCCUCCGUGAGAUCUUGAACAAGGCGUAUGCGUGCCUGGUCUUCUGGGAUCAGCUUUACCGACUUUCAAGCGAAGUCGAAGUUCUUCACACACUGAGUUUGCGUGUGGAAGCAAGCGAAGAGCUUAUCAAGCGCUAUUCGGAUAGUGUGGAGAUGUUGUACUACAUGUUGAGUCUAGGUAGUUACGACGCGGCGGGUCUCAUCAGGCACUUCUUGAUGGGAGCACCACAGUUACGGCAUCUCAUGAUGAGGUACACCAUACCAGCAGGAUGCGACAACGUGCUCGAAGGUGAAUCUGAUUACAGAACCACAGAAGUGGAUAGUAACGAUAUCAUCGGACAGCGCGUGAGGAAGCUCUUGACCCGGGCGACCGCCUUCACUCAGGUCGUCGACUACUCCCAUCUCAAUCUAGAUUGCCUUGAAACGUACUUUAGGCGAGAGCCUUCCGCCAAAGAGAAAGUCUCGCCAUUCAUAGAGGACUAUCUGAAUACACUUUCAGUGUGCGUUGAGUGUCUUCAUCAACUGCGAGUGUCUUCCUGCUACGUCAAGCUGAGGAAUCACUUCGAUUGUGGACGAAAGGGCCCCCUUUACGCCAAGUGGUAUCUCAAAUUUAUGCAACCUUUGGCGCGCUGGAGAAAGGUUCUAGACGAUGGAGGUGUCAUUGCCCCAGAUCUUGGUAAUCCAUCCAAUGGCAGGUUCGAUUAUCCGAGUGAGAGCGUCCGAACAAAGCAGACGGUGGGAGCGCGUCGAAAAGCGGAACGCAACCUGGACAAGUUUUGGAGGUACAUCGACAAUGCUUUUCGCAAGCGUACAGGAUAUUCUCAACACGAUACCAUUCGCAGACUUUUGGACAAAGGUGGCCCGAUGCUAAGAACGGCUCCGUGGAUUGACUCCGAAGAUCUUGACACGGCAUCAACACCGUCUCCCGUGUACGAGUAUCAGGCCACAUCCGAGAUCUUCCACGACCCAACCAAAGAGAUCACUGGGAAUUUCAAUCGCCUCGAUGUCACGGAUAGAACCAAAGCGAAGACGCACGGCGAGAUGACAGCCAUAGCCCAGGAUGCCGAUGAGGAUGUGCUUGAGCGAUCGGCUGCAAUUUCGAAACCGUUGUAUCACGUCGGCAAAGACGCCUAUAUCGUGAUCAAAGCACUUUUCCAUGUGCCAAACGACAGCGAACCCCCGGGUAAAGUCCGCUGGGAUCAAGUCGUAGCCACGCUUGCCAAGCUUGGAUUCGCCGUCGAGAAGCUACACGGGUCUGCAUGGCAAUUCACACCGAAGAAGCUGAAUUUGCCACGCGGAAUCCAGUUCCAUGAGCCGCAUCCGAGCGGUGAAGUGCCAUUGACUCUGGCCAGACGCUACGGACGUCGACUAGCGCGUGCGUACGGAUGGGAGGCAGCGAUGUUCAAGCAGAAGUGA